AAAUGUAAUACGAAUGGAUAGGUCUUUUCACAAGGGAAACACACAUCAAAUACUUAAGCUGUAUCCUCACUAGAAACGACACAACACUAUCUUAUAAAAACUCUAACCUAUGUACAGUAGCUGUCUAGGUAUAGUAAUUAACUUCCCUGGUGCACCGAAAAAUCAAACCUUUUUUUGGCACCAACAUUUCAGAAGUUUAUCUAACAGACAGAAGGGACCAGACAAAACCAUCACCAUGACAACACCUAAGGAUGUCAGCCAAUCAUCAACUAGAGAGGUUGUCAUGGUUACGGGUGGAGCAGGCUUCUUGGGACAACACAUUGUAGGGCACUUACAGGAGAGGGCAGACCAUGUCUCAGAAAUACGAGUACUAGACGUACGCCCAUACUCUAACAAGCUAGGUCACAAGGAACCCAAACCCGUAACUAGUGCUUUAGGAAACAUUUGUGACUUACAAACUGUCCAGCAGGCUUGCAAGGGAGUGACAACUGUGCUUCAUGUAGCCGGAAUGGUCAGCUAUGGGACAUUUCCAGACAUUGAGGGCAUGCAGAGAGUCAAUGUUCAAGGCACCAAAAACAUUUUGGAGAGUUGCCUGACAAAUGGAGUCGAGAGGCUGAUUUUCUGUAGCACUGUUGAUGUUGUGGUAGGGUUUGACAACAUUCAUGAUGGAAGGGAGACAACCACGUUUGUGCCAAAACAGUUUCUUUUCCCAGGUUACCCAGCAACAAAGUACGAAGCAGAGUGUAUAGUUCUCAAAGCCAAUGGCAGGAAAUGUGCAAACGGAAAAUCUUUAUGGACAAUGUCUCUUCGUGCCAAUGUUAUGUACGGGGAGGAGGAUCCGUUCUAUGUCACAAGCGGCCUUCGUUCGGCGGCAUCAAACAGAGGCCGGCUCAUUCAGGUUGGAGACGGCCAGUCCAAAUUUCAACAGGUUUACGUAGGAAACACAGCAUGGGCAUUUGUAUGUGCAGACCGAGCCUUAAGACUUAAUCACAAUUUAGGUGGAGAGGUUUUCUAUGUACCAGAUGACACCCCGGUACAGAAUUCUUUUCUGUUCAUGCAGCCGUAUUUGGAGAGUCGGAACUACACUCUGUCCUCGUAUCGCUUGCCGUGUGGCCCAGUUUAUUAUGGGUUGUACCUGAUGGAGCUAGUUUUACAUCUUCUAGCACCUCUCAUUAAGAUCAAUCUUCCGACAGCCUCCUGCAGCGUGCGAUACAUCAAUAUGGAUUUGUACUUUAACGGUAGCAAAGGGAGACGACUCCUCGGCUACCAGCCUCUUUUUAGCCCACAGGAGGCCAACAAAAAAUCUCUAGAGUACUAUAAACAUGUGAAACUCUAAUAUUGAAACAUAAGUAUUUUGUGCUGAGAAAAAAAAAGGCUUUUUGAAAAUUAGUAGUGUACCUGGAUAUUAACUACUCUU